AGGUGGCUCCGAGGAGCAAGCCAAAGAUAAACACGUAGCCAGACGAGCAGGGGCGAGGAUAACACUUAUUACACAGGCUGCGGCGAAAAACACACAAACAUGGAGUAGCCGGUAAGAAAAUAGAGAUCUUUAGCAGGCAAGGGGAGAGACAAACGUCAAGUUAACCACGGAGCAAGUCUUCCGCAGACAUCGAGUCGGUGAGUCCCGCAGACUACUGACAGCUUAUCUGUAGCUGAGUCCAAAAUGGUACGAGCAGCCUUGGUGACCGCCACCAGUCUUACAUUGACUGGGGCUGUGGUGGCACAUGCUUACCUCCUCAAACAUCAGUUCUACCCGACUGUGGUCUACCUCACCAAGAGCAGCCCGAGCAUGGCGGUGUUGUACAUUCAGGCCUUCGUGUUGGUGUUUCUCUUGGGAAAGUUCAUGAGGAAGGUCUUCUUUGGACAGCUAAGGGCUGCAGAAAUGGAGCAUCUCAUUGAGCGCUCCUGGUACGCGGUGACCGAGACGUGCCUGGCGUUCACUGUGUUCAGGGACGACUUCUCCCCCCGCUUUGUCGCCCUCUUCACCCUCCUGCUCUUCCUUAAGUGCUUCCACUGGCUUGCUGAGGACCGGGUGGACUUUAUGGAACGGAGUCCAAACAUAUCUUGGCUUUUUCACUUCAGGGUAUUAUCUCUCAUGGGACUGCUGGGUAUUCUGGACUUCCUCUUUGUCAACCAUGCCUGUUACAGCAUCAUUACCCGAGGAGCCUCUGUCCAGCUUGUCUUUGGAUUUGAGUAUGCCAUCCUGCUGACCAUGGUGCUGACGACCUUCGUUAAAUACCUUCUGCACACUAUUGACCUGCAGAGUGAGAAUCCCUGGGACAACAAGGCCGGCUAUAUGCUCUACACUGAGCUCUUCACAGGUUUCAUCAAAGUGCUCCUGUACAUUGCAUUCAUGACCAUCAUGAUAAAAGUCCACACCUUCCCCCUGUUCGCCAUCCGGCCCAUGUAUCUGGCUAUGAGGCAGUUCAAGAAAGCUGUAACAGAUGCUAUAAUGUCUCGGAGAGCAAUCCGCAACAUGAAUACACUAUACCCUGACGCUACUCCUGAAGACCUGCAGGCCUCUGACAACGUCUGUAUUAUCUGUCGGGAGGAAAUGGUCACUGGAGCCAAGAAGCUGCCUUGUAAUCAUAUUUUCCACUCCAGCUGCCUGCGCUCCUGGUUCCAGAGGCAGCAGACCUGUCCUACCUGUCGCAUGGACGUCCUCCGGGCCUCCAACAACAAUCAGACUCCAGCUCCAGCCCAGGCCCCGCCACCUGCUCCCGCGGCCCCCGCCAACGCCCCCGCAGCCCCACCUGCCAAUGUCGCACCAGGAAUGUUACCUGGCUUUCCUCCUGGCAUCUUCCCCUUCUGGGGUCCCUUCCCUGCAGUCCCUCCUCCUGCUGCUGCAGCUGCAGCUCCCGGGGCUACUGAUGCUCCCCAAAGCAGCACAGAGGCUACGCAGGCAGCUGGUACCAGCCAGCCCACCUCAUCGACUGCAGACACUGCCGCAGCUGCUGCUGCUGCAGGAUCAGCAAUCCCAGGCUUCCCCUUCUCCUUCCCCCCUCCUCCUUUCCCCACUGCACCAUGGCUGCCCAUGCCACCUCCUCCUCCCUUCGUGUCAUCAAUGCCUCCCCCUCCUCCGUCUCUGUCCCGGCUGUCGGAGGAGGAGCUGAGGGAGCUGGAAGCAGAAGGCCGACGCGGCCUCGAGGCCAGGCUCCAGUGCCUCCAGAACAUCCACACCCUGCUGGACGCCGCCAUGCUCAACAUCCACCACUACCUCAGCACCGUCGCCACACUCACUCCUCCUCGGACUGAGAGCAGCACCGGAGAAGCCAGUGGGACCAACAACACUGCUUCAUCCCCUGCAGCCGGCAGUAGCACAGACAGUCCCAGCCAGGAGAAGGACUCUUCCAGCUCUGAGCAGGUGGACGGAGCUACAGUCUCCUCUCAGCCAGCGGACUCCACUUCUGCUGCCUCGGACACAGAAAGGCAAGAGGCGAUGGAUGAAGGACUGGAGGUGGGGGACGAGAACGGAGAGCCAAAUGCUGCUGAGCUGAGACGCCGCCGCCUUCGUAAACUAGAGACUGCAACAGCAUCGUCAUCUUCCCCCCCUCCGGACAACUGAUCCAUGCGCUCUGACUCGGACAGGUUGCUCUGGACCAACAGGAACUCUGAGCUGAUUGAUCGUUGCUUUGGUUCCUCAUUGCCUCUCUUCCUCGUGGCCCUCGCCUUCCACAGGCUCACUGUGUCGAGUUGGAUUCAGACUGCUGGGAGACGCAAUGAUUUUUGCCGCUUAUCUGGACUGUUCUGUGUCAGAAAGCAAUAGCACGACUUCUUUUUUUUUUUGUUCUCACCACCUUCCCCCUGCCCCCCCUCCCCCCUAAAUGACUACUGCAAUAAGAGUGCUGCAGAUGUUUGUAAGUUUAAUCAGAUGGAAGAGGAACGUGGAACCCAGUUAUUUGGUCAGUGUGAGAGAGAGAUGGUGUUUGGAUAUGUGUUUGGUAGUUUUACUGUCGGUGAGGCACUUUGAUUUUUGUUUAAUUCAGCUUUCUUCAACAAAAAAGGUGGUUCCAUUCACCACAUCAACAUGUUACACAGCACCUGGAUCAGUGUCAGAUCCAGUGAAUUCAAAUCAAAGGAAGUUGAUUAACUACUCUGGCUUUGGCUCUUUUUCUUUUAACAUUCAUCACUCUUCUGUUGCCACUGCAGACGUUGUAACAUACUGAUUUAUUUGAAUGUGUACAUACUGUAUAAAGAGUUUUAAUAGGAUGAUCUGUACAUAAUGCAGAAUAAACUGUUGGACUGAAAUGGCAGCGACGUAACACGUAUGUUGGUUUGUAUGUUCACAUACGGAUGUUCUCGGGGUCGGGCCCACCCCCACCCCAAAGACUCCCAUCAUGAAUCUGAGUGGUCAAAGGAUGAUUAAAGGAAGUUAUCUCUGUUA